AUGCAGAAUCAAGAUGCUGCCAUCAAGAAACUGGAAAUACAGAUUGAAUUCUUAUUCAAGCAAGCCCCUGGACACAACAAUUGUAGCAAUAUUAACUCAAUACCAAAGGAGGAAUGUCAAGCCAUCACCCUCAGAAGUGGGAAGGAAUUGAAGGAGACCCACAAGAAACCACCAGAGAAGAAAUUGGAUGAAGAAAACAAGGGACAUGAGGAAGCUCAAACCUCAACACCUAAGUCACAUCAAGAAGGAGAAGCGCUCAAACCAUGCCUCUCAAAGGCUCCAUACCCCCAACAACUGCAAUUAAAGAAGAGGGGAGAGGACAACCAAUUCUCAAGAUUCUUGGAAAUCUUCAAGAAACUACAAAUAAACAUACCCUUUGUUGAAGCAAUAGAGCAAAUGCCACUCUAUGCCAAGUUCUUGAAGGAAUUGAUGACCAAAAAGAGAAGCUGGAAGAACAAUGAGACUGUAGUACUCACGGAAGAAUGCAGCGCCAUCAUCCAACACAAAUUACCCCAGAAAUUGAAGGAUACUGGGAGUUUUCAAAUCCCUUGUAUCAUUGGGGAAAUCACUGUGGAAAAGGCUUUAUUAGAAGAUUUGUUGGUGAAGGUGGGAGACUUCAUCUUUCCAGUAGAUUUCGUGGUAUUAGACAUGGAGGAAGGAGCUAAGACUUCCAUCAUCCUGGGAAGGCCAUUUUUAGCCCCUGCCGGAGCCAUUAUUGAUGUCCAAAAGGGUGAACUUGUCCUUAGAUUACACGAGGAGAAAAUGACAUUCAAUGUGUUUAAGGCCAUGAGUUACCCACACAACUCAUUGGGAGAAUGUAUGAGGUUGGACUCCGUAGAAGCCUUGGUACAAGAAACUCUUGAAGAAGAACUUGAAGCAUCAACAGAAGAAGAAUUAGCAGCAAGCGAAGAAGCUGCAACCGCUGAAAUACAUGUUCAAGGCAUGCUAGAAGAAAAGGAGGAAAGAAAAGAAGUGCCCAAACUGGAGCUUAAAGCACUGCUAACCACUCUCAAGUCUGCAUACUUGGGAGAAAAUAAAAGUUAUCCGGUGAUCAUAAAUUCAGCCCUCAGCCAAGAACAAGAGGAAGAGUUGCUUCAAGUCUUACAAAAGCAUAAGGAUGCCAUUGGAUGGACACUUGCUGACUUAAAAUGA